AUGGAGGAAUUUAAAGGAUAUUUAGAACUUGAGAAAUCUCGGCAACGUGACUUCCUAUACCCACUUAUCUUUCGGGAGUAUAUUUACGCAUUUUCUCAUGAUCAUUUUUUAAAUGGAUCCAUUUUGUUGGAAAAUUCUGGUUAUGACAAAAAAUCCAGUUUACUAAUGGUAAAACAUUUAAUUACUCGAAUGUAUCACCAGAAUCAUUUUUUUUUUUUGUCGACUAAUUAUUAUAACAAAAAUCCUUUUUGUGGGUACAAUAACAAUUUGUAUUCUCAAAUGUUAUCAGAAGGGUUUGCAGUCAUUGUGGAAAUUCCAUUUUCCCUACGAUUAGUAUCUUCCUUAAAAGAAGAAGAAAUCGCAAAAUCUUAUAAUUUACGAUCAAGUCAUUCAAUAUUUCCUUUUUUAGAGGAUAAAUUCCCACAUUUAAAUUAUGUGUCAGAUGUAUUAAUACCCUAUCCCCUCCAUCUGGAAAUUUUAGUUCAAAUCCUUCGCUCCUGGGUGAAAGAUGCCUCUUCUUUUCAUUUAUUACGGUUCUUUUUUCACGAGUAUUGUAAUUUGAAUAGUCUUAGUACUUCAAAAAAAUUGAUUUCUUUUUUUUCAAAAAGAAAUCGAAGAUUAGUCUUGUUCCUAUACAAUUCUUAUGUAUGUGAAUACGAAUCCAUUUUCCUUUUUCUACGUAACCAAUCUUCUCAUAUACGAUUAACUUCUUAUAGGGGCUUUUUUGAGCGAAUAUAUUUCUAUGGAAAAAUCGAACAUCUUGUCAAAGUGUUUGCUAAUUAUUUUUCGGCUAUCUUACGGAUCUUCAAGGAUCCUUUGAUACAUUAUGUUAGAUAUCAAGCAAAAUCUAUUCUGGUUUCAAAAGAUACGCCACUUCUGAUUAAUAAGUGGAAAUAUUACUUUGUCAAUUUAUGGCAAUGUCAUUUUUAUGUGUGGUCACAACCAGAAAGGAUCUAUAUAAACCAAUUAUCCAAGCGUUCUCUUGACUUUUUGGGCUAUAUUUCAAGUGUUCGAUUAAAUACUUCAGUGGUAUGGACUCAGAUGUUAGAAAAUUCAUUUCUAAUAGAUAAUGCUACCAAGAAACUCGAUACACUAGUUCCUAUUAUUACUCUGCUUGGAUCAUUGGCUAAAGCGAAAUUUUGUAACGUCUUAGGACAUCCCAUUAGUAAGCCGAACUGGAUCGAUUCGUCGGAUUUUGAUAUUAUUGAUCGAUUUUUGCGUAUAUCCAGAAAUCUUUCUCAUUAUUACAGAGGAUCCUCAAAAAAAAAGAAUUUGUAUCGAAUCCAAUAUAUACUUCGCCUUUCUUGUGUUAAAACUUUGGCUCGUAAACACAAAAGUACUGUACGUGCUCUUUUUAAAAGGUUAAAUUCGGAAUUAUUGGAAGAAUUCUUUACGGAGCAAGAACAGGUUCUUUCUUUGAUCUUCCCAAGAGCUUCUUUUACUUUACGGAGGGUAUAUAGGGGGAAAAUUUGGUAUUUGGAUAUUAUUUGCAUGAAUGAUUUGGCCAAUCAUGAAUGA